AUGCUGAAGAAGCCACAGAAGCUGAAGAAGCCACAGAAGCUGAAGAAGCCACAGAAGCUGAAGAAGCCACAGAAGCCACAGAAGCCACAGAAGCUGAAGAAGUCACAGAAGCUAAAGAAGCCACAGAAGUCACAGAAGCUAAAGAAGCCACAGAAGCCACAGAAGCCACAGAAGCUGAAGAAGUCACAGAAGCUGAAGAAGCCACAGAAGCUGAAGAAGCCACAGAAGCCACAGAAGCUACAGAAGCUACAGAAGCCACAGAAGCUAAAGAAGCUACAGAAGCUACAGAAGCUACAGUACAGAAGCUACAGAAGCCACAGAAGCUGA